UAAAAGAGAAGCAUUUGGCAGAUAUGGUCGAUCAGCAUUUCUUUCAUCCUCUUUGGUGCAUUAGAAACGGCGAACUUGCUUGCACUGAAUAGAUAUUUCAUACGUUUGACGGAUUAAAAUGAAAGCUACGUUGAGAUACUUAACGAGCAUGCAUCUUCAUCAGUGUGCAUGAGAUGACAUUGGAUACCUUAGCAGGACAGUGAGCUUGGCCAGCAGUACAAGAAAAUGCUACUCUGGAUUUCAUACAUUUUGUUAAGUGCAACCUCUGUGUGCACUGUUGAGAUGUUUGACAGCUAUGGAGAAAUAUGUCAGAGACUGUGUGCCUGUGAGGAAAGAGAGGGAAUACUCACAGUGAGUUGUGAAAACAGAGGAAUUGUAAGUCUCUCUGACAUAAACCCAGUGUAUUACCCACAAUAUCAUCUACUGCUCACAGGGAAUCUUUUGAAAAAGCUAUCUGCCAAUGAUUUUGCCGAGUACAAUGGACUUACAAUAUUACAUCUGGGCAAUAAUGACAUAUCUGACGUUGAAUCAGGAGCAUUUAAUGGACUCCAGGGAUUAAAACGAUUACAUCUCAACAAUAACAAAAUCGAUGCCUUGAAGGAAGAGUUUUUCUUUGGCCUUGAAAGUCUGGAAUAUCUACAGAUUGAUUAUAAUUACAUCACUCACGUGGCGCCAAAUGCCUUCAGCAAGCUUCGUCAUCUGGAGGUCCUGAUUCUAAAUGACAACUUAAUAUCCGCUCUGCCUGUGAACAUUUUCCAGAAUGUCCCAUUGACUCACUUGGACUUACGGGGGAAUCAGCUUAAGGUGCUUCCCUAUUCAGGUCUGUUGGAGCACAUGGGCAGCGUGGUGGAGUUACAACUAGAGGAGAAUCCGUGGAACUGCUCAUGUGAGCUGAUUGCUCUGAAAACCUGGCUCGAGAGCAUAUCUUACACAGCUCUAGUUGGUGAUGUUGUUUGUGAGUUCCCUUUUCGGCUCCAUGGGAGAGAUCUUGAUGAGGUUUCAAAACAAGAGCUGUGCCCUAGGAGAGCCAUCGCUGAAUAUGAGAUGCCACCCCUGCCACAUUUGAGCACCGAUGCAUACUAUAGGACCACACCAGCUCUAGUCACAUCUUCCUUCACCUCAUCUGGGAUUGCACGGUCCUCAUCAAGGCCCACCAAGGGACCUCGCCAGUCAGGCAAAUUAAAGUCAAGACCCACUGCUCGUAUCCCUUCUAAUAAACCACAAAAUUAUGGUCAAAUUAUUUCAUAUCAGACCAAAUCCCCUGUGCCUUUGGAUUGCCCAACUGCCUGCACAUGCAAUCUUCAAAUUUCAGACCUUGGCCUGAAUGUCAAUUGCCAAGAGCGGAAGAUUGAGCGCAUCUCUGACUUAAAUCCCAAACCUUACAAUCCCAAAAAGAUGUAUCUCACAGGGAAUUAUAUCCCUGUGGUGCGAAGAUCAGAUUUUAUUGACGCAACUGGAUUAGAUUUGCUUCAUCUUGGUAACAAUCGUAUAGCUCACAUACAUGAAAGAGCUUUUGGUGACUUGACACAUUUACGAAGACUAUACCUGAAUGGGAAUUUGAUAGACCGUCUUACAAUAGAUAUAUUUUAUGGAUUGGAGAGCCUACAGUUCCUAUAUUUAGAAUACAACGUCAUCAAAGAAAUAGCCCCUGACACCUUCCACCAUGUACCCAACCUUCAGCUUCUUUUCCUGAACAAUAACCUCUUAAAAACUUUACCAGAGGGAAUAUUUAUUGGCCUGACGUUGGCCAGACUAAAUCUUCGUAAUAAUCAUCUCCGAUAUCUGCCCAUCAGAGGUGUGUUAGAUCAGCUUACGACACUGGUGCAAGUAGAUUUGUUCGAGAAUCCCUGGGAUUGCUCCUGUACCAUCCUGGACUUGAAGAUGUGGCUGGAGCAGCUUAGCACAGGCACAGUUGUAAACAAUGUCAUCUGUGGCUCGCCUAAGAGGCUGGCUGGGGAAGAUAUGAGAUACAUUAAGACAGCUAAUUUCUGCCCUAAUAACUCUGAUAUACUUGCCUCCGUGGUCCCACCCUCGGAAGAAUCAUUCCCUGGCAGCACUAUCACCAUAGAAACAUCCUUGGAUUCUGACACACAAUAUAGUGCUGUUCCUCUAUCUGUGUUGAUUCUAGCCCUCCUGCUGAUGUUCAUUGUGUCAGUGUUUGUGGCCGCGGGAUUGUUCGUGGCUAUGAAAAAGAGACGUCAAAAGGCUCAAAAUGAGCAGAAUAACUCCAUGAAUGCUUGCAUCAGCUCUCUGAACAUGGAAUAUGGUCUUUACAAGAAGGGGUCCAUUCCCAAAGUCAGAACGUCUGCUGGGCAUGUAUAUGAGUACAUCCCACCUCCCACAGAACCUGCAUGCAGAACGACUGGCCCAACAGAGAAAUCAACAGAUGGAUAUAGAGAUUUUGAUGAGCUGAACGGGGCUUUCCUGGGCAACUCAGAUGAAGAAGCAGCCAGUAAUGUAAUUAGCUCUGAAUAUAGUGUAACUACUUCAGAGCCCCCCAACAAGUCCUCCUCCCCUUAUCAAGAUGAUCAGUAUUACUACAGAGAUGUGUUAGAUCCAGACAAACACACGCGCUACAGCAAUACCUUACCAUGCAGGCAUCAAGCCCAUUCAUCUAGUCAGUAUACCUCAGACUUUGAUAUGAGACAUCAAUACGUGCACCCAGAGAGAAUACAACAGACAAUACUCUAUUGUACAGCACCAAGUACUGUUUACGUUGAGCCCAACAGGAGCGAAUACUGGGAACUCAAGGCCAAACUACAUAUUGAUCCAGAUUACCUUGAAGUUCUCGAGAAGCGUACAACAUUUACACAGUUUUGAGUAACUUGACCUCCAGAAGGUCAGCGUGGAUGCGGUGGCACAACGCACCUGUAUUGAAAAUGACUAGAAAUCAAUCAGGAAUCAGUCCAUGUUUUAAACAAUAGGUAAAACUCUUUAUCACCUUUUCUGAGCACAGUCCAUUGUAAGCUAUGCUUUCCUUGGUAUUUUGCUUUACAGGAUUGAAUAUUAAUGUGGAAUACUGUUUAGUUUAAGGAUUUAUCACAAAGUGUGCAUCAUGAGUCCCAAAUGCAUGUCACAAAGUUUUGGUAUUUAUAAGACCUUACAACUUGCGCCCAUACUUGAGAGUACUAUCCAAUAAGUCACUUGAUUGUGAGAACCAAAGAAAAGUAAUUCAGGUCUACUCAUAAUGAAUGCAAAUACACCAAACUUUGACAUUCAGAACUCUAUAAACCCCAUGCCAAGCAUUAUGCUGUGAUUUAGGUAGUUGUGUUGGUUUCCAAUUCAGUGAGUUUGAUCCCUUUCUUGAGAAACUAUUUGUGAUAAUCACAGAGCUCUCGUCCCCACAGGAGUCAUAGUUACUAAGCAACCUAUACUGUUUUGCAGACAGCUCACACGUCCUCUGUCAAUGCUACUACCAUUUGAAUCAAUGUAUGUGAUUCAGAAAUUACAAGCACUCUGGCUGGUGUAGAAGUACUCUUGAAUCUGAUGGAAUUUAUGUGUUCUCUCAGCAAUUUUGAUGAUAACGACGUAAUACGUUAUAUGCCGUUCAUAUAAUUUGUUAAAAUCACCAACAUGCGCUAUACUAAAUUAUAUAAGCAAAGUUGUCCUGCAAUAAUAAUCCUGUCUGAAUAAGGCUAUGUUCCCUCUUGAUGGGAUAAAAUUCCCCAGGUCCUGAAAUAAAAGUGACCAAUUACCAGACCUCCCCUGGGAAUACUAAUACUGUCUGAAAAGGGGCAAAUCUGGGGACAUUUCUGUGGACAGCGCCAAAUCUGGGGACUGUCUCCGGAAAACAGGGACAUCUCGUCACCCUAAGCUAAUGUCCGCGAGUAUUUAUUUAUUUAUUAUUUUCAUUCAGUAUAACACGUUUUUGUGCUUUUGAGUAAUUGUGGUGUGCUGACUGUGGCCAUCAGAAGGAUUAUGUAUGCAUUCUGGGAAAGGAUGGGAAACCCGCUUUGCACAGGGUUUUAUAUGAUGUCACACUGUCUGAGCAAGGAUGGUUUCAUGAAAGGUUAAACCACAGCGUGCACCCAACAAUUGGUGAUUUAGAGAAGUCAUCAUAACCUUGUGAGGUCUCACAAGUUGAUUUAUAGCCAUGUGCGGUCAUGCCUCUGCAAAGCUUGUGUAUCACUGGUAGAUUUUGUUGCGAUUUAGGAAUAGAAUGGAACUGAAUGAAGUUUGAGUGUAGAAAACACCGUGGGAUAUUAAGGCUAAUUUGCAUGCAAUCACAUAUAGUUGUAAUCACAAGUUUAAAGUUAAAGCCCGGUAUGUUUUUAGCAUUCACAGUCAAAUUACUCCUUACAACUAGAAUUCUCAUGUAUGUCUGCAAACUUCAUGCACCUGUAAAUACUUGAAACUCACAUUGUGACAUGCAUUUUUGAUUUAUGAUGCACACUUAGCAACUUGCUUUAUUUUAGUUGAGAUAUAUAAGAAUAUAUAGUUUCAAUCAUUUCUUUUGGUUACAAUUCUUCUUAGUGCAAUGGCAAUACUGAGUAAUAUUAAGCUCAAUAUACAGAAAUGGGAAAUUUAGCUAAAAACCUUUGAAUUGAAAAAAUCUGGUGGCCUCAGGCCCAUAUAAUACAUACUUUAAAUGCUUAUUUUUAUACAAACAAAUUAUGAACACUAAUUUCUGGCAGUUGUCAUUCUUUUUUGUUUAUUUUGUUUAUUUGCACACAAAAUGCACUAUUGACUAUUACAGGUCAAAAAUAUGAUGUCACUUUCUUAAUUGUACAGUGUGUUAACCAAUGUGCAUAUAGCCAUAGGUUUGAUAAUUGUAUACAUAAAAGUACCACAUCUAAAAAUGUAAAAGUUUUAAAACAUUGUUGCACUAUGCAUAGAUAUAGCCAGAUAUGUGGUUCAGAGUAUACUUUGACAAUCUGUACAUAAUGUCCUACCCCUCAGUCCCUCAUCCAUCAACACCACAGUUCACUCCCAGAUUCUCAGAAAUUAGAGAUUUGUAAUUAUCAUAUAUGAGACACAUCAACUCAACCCUUACUCUGCAUUUAACACACAUGAAUAUUCAGAGGAGAAGCAUUUUUGAGCAUUCAUUUUUCUAAAAGUUCAUAUAUUUUUAACGACACGUUUUCACUCAGUCCAUUUUUUACAGGUGGGAUUGCAGUGAAAAGCACGGUCUCAUUUAUUUGACAUUGUCUCAUCUGUUUGGUGCACAACUACGUGAAUGCCUGCAAUUUGACUGUAAUUAACCAGCCUGUUUUUCCAUGCAUCUUUUUAUGGAGGGAAUGAAGGGUAGCGAAACAAAUGUGUACAAGUCUGCAAAGCCCAAGUUAGUCGUCUGAGAAGCACAACAAACGAAUGCAAUUUUUGAAUGCCUGGGUAGAGUUGUCUUUAUGCAUAAAAAUGUUUGAGGAUGUUCUGUGUGCUAAAGAAACCUAAGCUUAUCAUCCAAAAAUAAUGCAGUCUAAGCCAUUUCGGGGUCAAUAGUGUAGGCAAAGAAGUGACUUUCCCUCAGUGUUAAUACAUAAAGUAAAAUCACAACAUAUGCAGUAUUAUGCACUGACUCUGUCAUCUUAACUCAGCUAAUUAGAGGACAUGGUGUAUCUGGACCUUGUCUGCAUGUCACCAUGUAUUACACCAUAGCAUUAUUCAUGUUGUUUUCAAGGGUGAAACUGUUUGGUUUCUGUUCUUCUGACUGUGACAGGUUUAGAAACACUUUAGCGUUUUAUGUUUCUUGAUCUGUCUUGUUACUUACAAGCUGGAAAUACAUAAGAACAAGUCUAUAACGUGAAGCAUGAUGUAAACCUGGUGUCUACACUGAAGAUGCUACAAGUAGGAUUUUGUCAUUGAUAUAUUGCUGUGAAGCUGUGACAGCACUGGAAAGAUAAAAGAUCAUACAUAUGGACACUCAUGCACACUACAGUGUCUAUAAUUUGGUUAACUGUAUGAGUUCUUAACUUGAUUAUCUGUAAUAUGAUGGGAGAAAAUGCUUUGUACACUUAAUUAUAUGACCCACAUGACCAGAUGGAUACAAUUUUCAUCACAUGCAGCAGAGAGAGUAAAAAAGAAACACAUCAUCAACCAUGAUAUUUACCAAUACAAAACAGCUCACAAUCCCUGCACACUCGGUAUACAAUAUAACACCUUUUUUUUUUUUUUUAAUCACAAUUAAUUUGAUGAUAUUAUAUUCAGAUGAAAUUCUACUCAGAUCACCUUUAACUUUUUUAUGAAUUGCCAUAAACUUUGAAUUUGUCAUAAACUGAUUUGUAAGCAUCGCAACAACCAUGGUUACCGCUCAAAGGCAACUGUGUCAUGGAUACACAAUAUUUACUGUAUAUAUCACACAUUUGUAAUAUGUUGUUUUUCUCUCAGCUUUUCUUAAUCAAAUUUUACCAAAUGCACAUGUUUUCACAUUCAAGGGUAUGAAUACUGGGAACCCAAAAACAUGUUGAGAUGCAAUGUGACUGUCUUUUGUAUUCUGUGCAGAUGUUUACUUUGCAAAGCAGAGAUUCAGUCAGUGUUAUUAUUAUUACAGUUAUUAUAAUUAUUAUUAUUAUUGUCAUUACAAUUGCUGCUUUGUUUGGUUUUCAUAUGAAACGGUGAUUUUUAAUGUCAACCCCAGCUUUGUAAAUAGAACGCUUCAUCAGCAUUUUCAUGCCAAUGUGCUGCAGCUCUUGAGUGCAAAAACCUGGACUCUUUAUUGCAACAACACAGUGCAACUAGGAGGAUGUGAGGUAAAUGUAUCUGAAAUGUGCUGUUUCUUCAGUUGUUAGCUAAUGAAUAAAAUAUGUGCAUUCA